ACAAUUGCUCUACAGCUCAGAGCAGCAACUGCUAAGGCUGCCUUGGGAAGAAGAUGAUCCUAAACAAAGCUCUGCUGCUGGGGGCCCUCGCCCUGACUGCCGUGAUGAGCCCUUGUGGAGGUGAAGACAUUGUGGCUGACCAUGUUGCCUCCUAUGGUGUGAACUUCUACCAGUCUCACGGUCCCUCUGGCCAGUACACCCAUGAAUCUGAUGGAGACGAGGAGUUCUACGUGGACCUGGAGACGAAAGAGACUGUCUGGCAGUUGCCUAUGUUUAGCAGAUUUAUAAGUUUUGACCCGCAGAGUGCACUGAGAAAUAUGGCUGUGGGAAAACACACCUUGGAAUUCAUGAUGAGACAGUCCAACUCUACCGCUGCCACCAAUGAGGUUCCUGAGGUCACAGUGUUUUCCAAGUUUCCUGUGACGCUGGGUCAGCCCAACAUCCUCAUCUGUCUUGUGGACAACAUCUUUCCUCCUGUGGUCAACAUCACAUGGCUGAGCAAUGGGCACUCAGUCACAGAAGGUGUUUCUGAGACCAGCUUCCUCUCGAAGAGUGAUCAUUCCUUCUUCAAGAUCAGUUACCUCACCUUCCUCCCUUCUGCUGAUGAGAUUUAUGACUGCAAGGUGGAGCACUGGGGCCUGGACGAGCCUCUUCUGAAACACUGGGAGCCUGAGAUUCCAGCCCCUAUGUCAGAGCUCACAGAGACUUUGGUCUGCGCCCUGGGGUUGUCUGCGGGCCUCAUGGGCAUUGUGGUGGGCACUGUCUUCAUCAUCCAAGGCCUGCAUUCAGUUGGUGCUUCCAGACACCAAGGGCUCUUGUGA